UGUUGUUAUGACUAAAGUGUUGGAUAGUUUACAAUAGUUUACUAGCUUUGUUUUUACGUGUGGCCAAGACACGAUGUCUGGAUUUAAUACAGUUGGAUUUGUCGUAUUAAAUAAUAUCCUUUGUGAAACCCUACGGGAGUAUCUGGUUAAAAUCGAGAAUUAAUCUACGCGAGUGUAAACAAUCUAAUUCAGAACUGUUAAACGAAGCGUUCAAGGAAUAUAAAUAUUCCGAAAUUGAACAGCAUUUGUUACAAACGAAAAUUCGGCAGGUAAAACACGAGAUGGCGAGCUAAAUAAACAAUUCAUAUGCGACAAAUCAAUGGUUUAUACUUUGUAAUAAUGGAAAGGUUUUAUACAAAUUUGUCGACCUAUUCGGAAUACUUGCAGCUGUUUUUAUUCGCCGAAUCGUGAGCAACGAACGUAUUUGAACAAAAUGAUGGGACGUGUUGGAAAAUCCCCAAAGGAAGCUUUCUCGUCGGAGACCUACGAAAAUCCGUCGACAGCAUUCUCAAGUUUAGAGCAAACAAAUUCAGCCGACAUUCGAAGUAGGGAUCCAGCAGAACAGAGCAUUGAAAAUUUAACGAAGGUCGAACCUUCUGCUGGCGACCUGAAAAUCCGCAAACAGGAGGAAGAUUCGACCACAACCGAGCAGACUUCCUACGAAGAAAAAACCGAAGAAAAAAACACAGACGAAGAUGUAAACGAUAAAGAGAAGGCGACUAACGGCAGUCGAAGACGAAAACUUUUGCGUUCAUUCACUCUCGCGUCAAUUCCGACGACAUUUGAAAAGACAAGCAGAAUGUUUCAGCUCGCAAAAGCACCGCUCAAAGUCAAGUUUCUUGUCUCUCCCAAAGGUGCUGCCUGGUUCCUUGAAGAGGACAUUGAACAUCGUCCAUCUCUUGCGAGCGACACACAGACAGACAGUACUCCAUUUAGCUACAAUUCCUCUCAAACUUACUAUUCUUCAGCGCCAUGUUCUCCAAGCUCUGAUGCACUGACCAGAAAAAAGAAAGCGAGUGUACCAAUUAAUGCAGACAUGUCUCCUCGGCCAUCAAUAAGCUUAGAAAACAUUCACCGACUGCGCGUGUCAUCGAGUAAGAUCACGCUGGAUGGCCAUGACGAUCAGACGGAGAUCCCGGAGCCUGAUGAUGAGAAAGGCAGCACGAUGACAUUGGAGGAUAAGAAUCGACCUUUGAGACGAAGUUUUUCAUUCACGCAAAGAAACUUUCGUCGUAAUGCUGUGAUAGAAGCACCUGGAGGGGAAUUGUCUGUGAAAACGAAACGAAAACGAGACAACGUUUUAGAAGCUUUUUUCAAAGCCGUGGAACAUCAGGACGUUGAGCAAGUGACGAAGCUUCUGUCGACGCAUGAAGUAGAAGUAAACGAGUUGAACGACGAUGGUUUUACGCCAUUGGAUGUUUCGCUCAUGCUGCAUUCUGAUGGAAUAACGUCUCAAUUGUUGGAACGGGAGGCGAGGGAAAGCAAUAGACUGUCAGCGUCGUUGUUGGAAAAUCAUCUAAAAAUGCUGCAGACGUUUGCAGAAGAACAGGUUGAUCAUUACGUUGCUGAUGUGGUAAAUAAGGGAAACACAGACGCUAAGGAGAGCGAAAAACAGCUAAAGGAAUGUGAAUGGCGUUGUCAUCUUUUACGGAAAAUGUUGGUUGGUUUUCAAGGUCUAGCUCUUCCUUCGAAGCCAACAACAGUCUUCCUCUCGGCCGCAUCAGAAACGUCUCUUCUCGUCCGCUUCUCAGGUCCAGCGGCUGCAGAAAAUAGUCCUGUGACAAAGUUUAAAGUUCAAUGGAGCCGAGAUAAGUCUUUUGAUAGCUUGGAUGGUGAAUAUUUCUCGCAUAAUAUUCUUGACAAACAAUACACUAUCUCUGAACUUCAAAAGUCGAUAGCCUAUUACGUCCGUGUUUGUGUUGGUAAUAUCAGAGGUUAUGGAGAAUGGAUGAUGUCUAGUCCACCCUGUGUUGUACCUUCCAGCUGGCAUGAGAUUGAUGACAGUAUUCCAAGGUUUCAAGGCAGGCUGGACAGAAUUGCAAAGUUAUUUGAAGAGGUUCAGAUCUACCAAACGAGUUUCCGUCACCCGCGUGGGCCCGAGUCCAAGUCUUUUCGAUUGCGUCGGUCACCACAAAUGCAUCGUAAACGAGCGAGCUCGUGGCACGUACCUACAGGACACGAGGUUUGUUACACCGACAGGAAAGACAGCAAGAAACGAAGCUUCACAAAAUAUGCAAAACUUUUAACAUCAACUCCGAAGUUUGUGAAGGACGUCAAGAGAGGUAUUUAUUUAGCAACGGUAUUCUACACGAAGGACGACAAAAUUCUUGUAACGCUGGAUGAAAAUUUACCAAUCGUCGAAGUAGACGAUUCUUCAAGCGGAUCUUUCAUGCAAGAGUUUCAAUGGUUGUUGAAGGUUGGUUGUACUUGGCAGGAUAUUAAAAUGUUAAAAGAUCAAGUUGAAAGAAAUCUUUCCUCGACCUCAGUGUAUCUGAGAGGACGUCUUUUACAAGCACUCGACACGCUUCAGGCGGGUGUUGGCUGUGACGAUUUAGGACAACUACACUACCAAAUUAUCAAGGAUAAAAAUGGAACUAAUAUUAUAGUUAUAACUAAAAGAAUCAAGAACCCUAGCUUUAUUCGCUCAAGAACCUUAUCCAUGAAAUGGAUAUCACUUUCAAAACUUCAAAAGAAAACGAUACAGAAAGAUGUGGAGGACUCUCCAAAUGCUGUCAAUCAGAUUGUCUCACAAAUUCAGGAUGUAAUCUCUUACCAUCAGCAAACAAAGAAGCCUCUUGACAAGGGUUUAUAUAUUGGCCUUAUGAAAUUAAGGACAUCGGUUGAUGCGAUUCACAUCACUGUUCCACGGUAUUCCCCAAAUAUCUUACCUCACGUGAAGGUCCGAGAUAACCCGCACGUAUCCAGAGAAGAAUGGGAAUGGCUUACUGGUUUAACGACGAUGCCAGAGGAGGAACUCGCGACGGAGAAUUUACCGAGUUUUCAGUCAACGAUAGAAAACGCUUUGAAAACUUUACUGAAUGAUAUUGGUGUCAGCAGAAAGGAAAACUAUCGUAUCUACGACCGCGAGGUAGUGGAACUGAGUAAAGACGUUUCGUUGUUGAUUCUUGUCCCACCGCCUGAGCACGUUUGUUCGUGUCCUGGUGAAGGAGAUAUAUUCUCUGUUAACGAUCGAUUCUUAUCCAUUCCUGUUCCAGUCUUUGAAAUGAAUGUGAUGAAAACGUAUCAGAACCAGUUCAUAUGUCAUUACUCUCGACUCUCUUCCAUCCUCGACAUGGCGUCCUUAAUUAGUCAACAGGAUUGCAGAAAGGCGAUCUUGGAGGACGAGGUGAAUGAAACCAGAGCAGCCCAAGACGCUCUUAGUAAUUUCCAGAAGGAGUUGGAUGAAACGUGGAAAGGAAUGCGAUGGCUGCUGGACAUUUUGCAUUAUUCGCGUGACCGGGAGAGUGUGAGUGGUAUACCUCUAGACUUAGUGUUCGACACUCGUCGUCCUUGUAGUCCGGAACCUUACGACUCACAUCGGAAACACUCGGAGAGAAAAACGUCUUCAUCGAGUUCUAAUGGAAUCACGACAAACCCGGAGAGCGGGAUUCUCAAGAUUUAUUCCGCGUGCGAAACAGGACUUGCCCCAGGAAAAAGUAUCAAGCUCCACGUAACCCCUUGCACGACCGUUCAACAAGUCGUUCAAUUAGUAGUCAGACAACUGGAGAUACUCGUGAAGCAGAAGAAGCCGGACACAAAACCACUGACUGAAGAGAAACUUAAAGAAUUCUGUCUAGUCGCCGUCAUAGGCGCCCGUGAACGCUGUCUUAAUGACGACUAUAAAAUACUACAACUACAAAACCCGUGGGUGAAAGGAAAACUGUUUGUGCGCUUGCGUGUAGAGGCUAUUGCCGCUGACAAUCGUUCACCGUCGACCUCUGUCUGACCGCAAGCUAACUGUUCGCCAAAUAGAGAGAAGAAAAUUUGGUUCAGCAGUUUUUGAAGUGGAAAUGAUAGGCCUUUACGAUGCGGGUUCACACUGUCUAAGUGUCUUAGGAUAUUGAUCUAAGAGAGAGAGAGAGAGAGAGCUGGUUCACACUGUGUCUUAAGAGAAGUGUCUGAGAGAAAUAAAGGAGUCUUAGGACUUUAUUUAUUAGUUUACUUCAUUUUCAAAUAUUUCACAAUUCACAAAAGGCGACUUUCUGCGUGCAGAACUUCUACUGCGAUCAAAACAACUUGGAUAGUGUGAACUAUAUGGACGAGGAUCUGCCUUUGUCCGGCCUUGUCCGGGAUUAUUGGAACUAUCAGAUCCCACAAAAGAAUUGAGAUUCAAAAUAUAUAAAAUAUGUGAAAAAUAUUAGUGCUGUAGACGGCAUUAUGAGCUGUGCUCAUUUGUUUAUAUUGUAGA